AUGGGCGAGCGUUCAAGGAGCAGAUCGCCAGGGAGAAGGCUUGAUAGGGAAAGGUCUGACAGGGAGAGGCCUAGAAAAAGUGGAGGGGGAGGAGGUUUUCGAUGGAAGGACAAACGGCGCGAUGGCGACAGCAGACACGAUGCAGAUGAACGCAGAUUGAAUCGGGGAUACAGAGAUAGGGAAGAACGGGCACGAUCUCCACGACGUGACAGAGAUACGUACCGGCCUGAGGAUAGGAACAAGGAUAACGACCGUGACCGAAGGCGUCCUGAGGGCGAUGAGAGAGAUGGACGGGACAGGAAAAAGAAAGAGAAGAAAGAGAAGAAGCCCGCCGUUCCUCAGUCCUCAGAACCCAUGAUUAUUGUGCAUGUGAAUGAUCGUCUCGGCUCGAAAGCUUCAAUUCCAUGUCUUGCAUCGGAUCCAAUCAAGCUCUUUAAGGCACAGGUUGCAGCACGUAUUGGACGUGAACCACAUGAAAUCCUCCUCAAGCGCCAAGGGGAGCGUCCUUUCAAAGAUUUCCUAACCUUGGCCGACUACAGCAUUUCUUCAGGAAGUCAGCUUGAUCUGGAGGUUGGCACUGGUGAAUAA